AUGUCCGAGAUUGUGAAGACGAAACUCAAGAAUGCCAGAGAGGCUAUUCGUAAGAAGGAGUUUGAAAAGGCGCGUGAUGCUGCCUUAGGAGCACUCGAAUACGAAGAGGAUAAUUACUUCGCGAACGUCUUUCUCGGCUUGGCGUACAGGGAAUUGAAAGACUAUGAGCAAAGCGAGCAAUCAUUUCGUAAAGCCAUAGCCUCCGAUGAGCAGCAACUCCACGCUUGGCAGGGUAUCCGAGAUUUGUAUGAAGAGACGAAGAACCAUUCGGAGUAUCUGAAGUCAUUAUAUAAGUUGGCAGAACUAUACGCGGCCGGCAAGGACGCUGUCAAAUGCGCCGAAAUCAUCCAGAAGAUCAUUGACAUUCGACGCGACCCUAGCAGGAGCUCUCCUGUAGAGCUUGCAGAGGCUCUCGCCCUCUUACUCCCCGAGUCAUUAUUUUGCCCUGUCUUAUCUUCGCUAUCUCCGCCAGACCCAACAAACCCCUCUACGGCUACUUUCGUCGUGCAGUCGGCCAUACACAACUCCUUGCCCAUUCUAGAAGAACUCGUGUCAAUCUAUGAGCAGGAUGAAACGACUUGGCAAGAGAGCGAGAUCACCAAGCGCAGACAGAGACUCGAUGCGCCUUCGCCCCAGGAGGUUCAGCGAGCUGUGACCCUGGAACUUAUGGCGCGCUCCAAGCUACCAGCCCUCUACAACGAGGUGCUGAACCAUCCUAACACCUCGGACGAGCUGCGCAGGAACACGGAAGAGAAAUUGCUCGAGAAAAAGCAGCAAUACUUGUUCGCUCUCCCCGCUGCCGGGAAUGAAAAUAAGGCACAUCUAGCCUCUGAGUUGGACGAACUGAUCAACGGCAUCGUACUGUUGAAGAUUCCGAAUGAGCUCGCGUGGUCUCUUCUGCUGGAAAGUAAAGACGCAGCGCAGAUCGAGGAUUAUGACUUCAACCUGCUAAAGCAGUUCAUUGGGCUGUUCCCGAGAUCGCCCUUGGCGAAGUUGCUGCAGGCGUACUUUGAACACAUAGGCAUACCCUUGAUGGAAGAUGCGGAAAAGGACGGGCCUGCUCCAUCGCCUGAUGAAGAGCCUGAUUAUAUUGAGAUCAUGAUGGAGGUGUUCUCUAGCUUGAACGGCUCUAUACUUGCACACAGGAUUAUCGCCGAGCUGUACGAACAAGACACUGAUUAUGAGAACGCCAUCAAGGUUUCAGAGAGUGGACUCGAGCUCGUCCGUCGCGUCGAGCAGAACUGGGGACGACCGCUUAAGCAAACAAAGAAAGCGUUCAACGUCAUCCUCGCGACGUCAUUGGUCCACUACUUCCCGCCCAAGCACCACCCACGCGCUCUCAAGCUCGUCGACGAGGUACUUGCCGAGGAACCGGACAACUUACGGGCCCUCCUGGCCCGUGGUUUCAUCCUCGAGCAUGCACAGAAGUGGACUAAUUCAGCCGAUAUCUUUGCAAAAGUGGCCAAGCUGGACCCUGAAGGCUUCGAUUACGGCCUGCAGGCAAAGGAAGAGCACGCCUGGUCAGAAGCCAUGUGCGGCAAACUGCAAGUUGCCGCUGACGAGCUGAGGGAUGUCAUCGCCGUCUUGGAUCAGCUGGAAGGCAGGGAUGAGGACAAGGCGCGGGCGUGGUGGAGAUUGGGGCGAUGCUUUUGGGAGAUGGGCGUGGAACACCGUGAAGAAGCCUACAAGCAUUUCGUCACCGCCCUGAAGCGCUCCUCGACGUUCGCCCCUGCGUUUACUUCCCUAGGCAUCUACUAUUCGGAGUUCCUCGAACCCCCUGACCCCAACCGUGCAUCGAAGUGUUUCCAGAAGGCCUUCGAGCUUGACCCGAGGGAAUCGGACGCUGCGCGCCGGCUCGCGGAAGGGUUCGCAGAGGAGGGGGAGUGGGACCUUGUCGAGGUCGUCGCGCGCCGCACCAUCGAAGGCGAAGGCGGCUUGGAACAAGAUCCAGAAGCAAAGGCCUCUCGCCGGUACCUGCCACUCAAUGCAUGGGCGUGGAAGGCCGUGGGUGCCGUCGAACUGACUCGGCGCAACUACGUUUCUGCCAUCGAGGCGCUACAGAUCGCGCUCCGGACUGACGUGGAUGAUCACAUGUCCUGGCUCCGGCUGGGGGAGGCGUACAGCAAAGCGGGACGAUACGCAGCCGCGCUCAAGGCCCUCGAGCGCGCGCGCGAACUGAACACGGAGGAUUGGGUUGUGUCGUACUUCACUGGAGACGUGCAGCGGCAGAUGGGCACGUACGAUGAGGCCAUCAAGGCGUUCCGGUCUAUUUUGGAGGGCCGCCCGCAGGAGCUUGGAGUUCUUCAUUCACUGGGGCAGACUUACCUGGAGCUGGGACGUUUUGAGCUCUCCACUAGUUUCCUCGCCAGGGCAGAGACGUCAUUCGUCUCUGCGAUCCGUGUUACCCUCGAGCUACUCGAUGCCAGCUCCGGACUCCGCCGGGUCGCAUGGAAGACAGUCGCCGACUCUCUAUACCAGCUGUCAACCUUCUCCGCGUUCUCUGACGAAGAUGCCGUCAAGGAUGUGGUUGCAACCAUUGUCUCACUCGUCACUGCAUAUCAUGGCAAAGGCCCCGUCGAUGGGCUUUCUCAGUCGGUCUCCAUUGACGACAUAGCCGAUGCACCCGUGUAUGCGCUUCAGGUCGCUUCUGCAGCAUACGAGUACAGGCUGUCUCUAGGUGCAAUCGACGAUGCUGCCAUGGCUUCCGAGCACUAUGAUCUUGGCGUCGCAAUGUCUGCGUUCGCGAGACACACCCCGGACAGCGAGAAACGAGAGAAAGCUCAGCAAGAUGCUAUCGCUCAUUUCAAGAACGCUCUCCGCCUCGAGCCCGGGAACGACGCCUUCUGGGUCGCUCUCGGAAAUGCGACGUUCUUGUCCCAGACUGCGCUUUGCCAGCACUCGUACGUCCGUGCGUUGGAGAUAGACGGGAAGAAUGCCGCGACAUGGACCAAUCUCGGCAUGUUGUAUCUCCACUACGAGGACGUCGAGUUAGCAAACGAAGCGUUCUACAAGGCGCAAACGCUUGAUCCCGACUACGCUCUGGCGUGGGUCGGACAGGGUCUCGUUGCGACUGCGAACCGGCACGACAGGGAAGCAAGGGCACUCUUCGAGCAUGCCACGGGUCUGACGGCAGUUGUGCCCGAAGCGGACCUGGAAUAUGCCACGCGUCUCUUCAGCAAGGUGAACGCGACAUCAAAAUCCCGCUCAGCCUCGUCCGAAGCGCUUCUUCCAGCAUUCUUUGUCCUCGAUCGCUAUUGCAAGCAGAGACCCAAGGAUGCAUCUGCGUUGCAUCUAUUUGGACUUGUCUGCGAGCGCAUCGGGCAUAUCGAGCUUGGAAUAGAGAUGAUAUCACGGGCAAUAUCCGUUCUCGAAGCAGCCUACGAGCAGUCAGAGGACCCGGUUAUUGAGCGACAGUUCACCAUCGCUCACGCUAACGUCGCCCGCUUGCGGAUGGCCAAAGAAGACCACGAGGGUGCCCUUGAGUCGUAUCAGGUCGCAACAGGUCUACUGCCCGAACAGAAAGAAGGAGAUGACGCUGACACAAAGGCACUCCUGGCGCAGUGCCAGUUCGGCUCUGGCCUGGCUAACUUCAAGCUUGGACAGCUACCAGAGGCAUUGACGCUCUUCGAGUUUGCAAUGACGACGGCCGCGGAUCUCCCGCUGAUUCGGGGACACGUCGUCGUGCUGCUCGCGCAAACGCUAUGGGCGAUCGGCACAGGCGAGGCGAGGGAGUCGGCGAAGAACCAGUUGCUGCAGAGCAUUGAAUAUGACCCCGAGAAUCUGUUGGCGAUCAACACCCUAGCCGGCAUGGGCAUCCUCACAGACGAUGACGGCCUCGUCGAUGCGGCGCUGUCCGAAUUGCUGUCCCUCCCUCUCGAUCAGCGCCACGAACGCGACCCCGAGCGCGAAGUCACAUACCUCCUCGUUCAACAUCAUCUCGGUCAAGGCGACGCGAUGCAAGCAAUAUCUGUAGCGCAGAAAGCUGUGUUCGCAGAGCCCGAAAGGACCGACGUGCGGCGCGCGCUCGCCUCCCUCGCGUUGCGCGGGGGUCAGAGCGCGACGGCGCUGGCUAUCCUAGGUGGCUCGGCGCAGACCGAAGCAAGCUUCGCGGAGCAGCGUGCCUCGCUGGCGCUCCACGCGGCGUCUCUCUGCCUGGAUCGCGGAAACAAGGACCGCGCGGCAGAGGCGUUGCGACUUGCACAGAAAGGGAUCAUGCUUUCCCCAUGGAACCAGCGCGGCUGGGAGACGUUGGCAUACGUCCAAAGCCGUCUUUCGCAGUGA